GUCAUUCAGAGCACACCGUACGCAGGUAGACAUCAACCCAUUACCCUGACACAUUUUCAGGGGUAGCUUCGGCUGGUUUGCUGCUGACACGUCUUCAGAGCUUACUUUACGGCAUACUUAUAGUAGGCGAUCGCCCGUGUUCCUGACACGCCUUCAGGGGGGCAACCUACGAUUGGUUGCUGCUGACACGUCUUCAGAGUAUACCACACGUAUCACAUGCAGGUCGACAUUAACCCAUUACCCUGACACAUUUUCAGGGGUAGCUUCGGCUGGUUUGCUGCUGACACGUCUUCAGAGCUUACGUUACGGCACACUUGUAGUAGGCGAUCGCCCGUGUUCCUGACACGUCUUCAGGGGGGCAACCUACGAUUGGUUACUGCUGACACGUCUUCAGAGUAUACCAUACGUUAACGAUAAGUACAUGUUCUACCAUUAUCCUGACACACUCAGGGGGCGGGUAACAAUGAUCAGGUUGCUGCUGACACGUCUUCAGAGCAACACUCGACUGCAUUGAUAUACGCGACUAUCUCCUGACACUUCUGUAAGGAGGGGGUUACAAGGUGGCGAUCGACGCGGUCGUCAGAACAUGGCAUGAUUCAUAGGCACGGUGUAACACAUCCAUUACCACAUUCUAUACGGGCCGGCGCCAACGCCAAGCGCUCGGAUCCGCACUUGCGCACGGUGUCAUGAUAGGAUGGGGGUGAUGGUUGCAUAAACAAGGGUACCACUGCAGUUGGGACGGUUCGGGUACACAAUGAGGUGGUAGGCACUUGAGUCAAGUUGUUACAUGGUAGUAUACUAAUAUACAACGUUGUUUUAGGUCCUGGUCAGACGAUUUGCGCUGGUUGUUUGCAGGUGGUAGCGUCAUGUCAAACGCAUCAGACAUCGAAGAGACCUUGUCCGUCCCAGAGACCCCUGCCAGGAGCUCCGAGCAGGGAGUGGGUACUGCUUAUAGGUCAUGGACAAUUCCCAGAUUGAUGGAGGAACUCCGCAAGAAGGGAAUUCCAUUUCCGGCUUCAGCCAGGAAAGCGGAAUUGUACAAGCUUAUGAUGUCAGGAGAGGAAGCUAGCGGAAGUCAACAGGACAUAUCAGGGCAGACUGUGGCCACGUCUUUGGCACAACUACACAAUAUGAUGAACAGCGUGAUGUCUUCCUUGUCCAGCCUGCAAUCCAGAAUGGACACAAUGGAGAAGGGUGGUGCAUCCCAAGCAUCAGUCCCUCCUACGGUAGUUGCAGCAGCAGCGCCUGCUACUUCUGCGGUGGCAGUGCCUUUAGGUAGGGGAACUACGCCUCCAAAGAUCACACCAUCCCACUUCAUUCCUGCUGCCAUUCGCAGAGAUAUUCUCGAUGGCAAGGACGUUAACUUGGCAUCCUUGCUUAUCAGUACCCAGGACGUCACUGAGACCAAGACAGUGGCGUGUGGAGAGGUCUCAGUUGUCUUUAAGAGUAAGGAUGCCAGGUUAAAUCGUAAGCUUACAAUAGUUGAAUUUGUCAUUGCUUUCAGCUUAUACAGAGAUGUGGUUUGCACAGCAAAACCAGAAAGAAGGGAGGAGCUGGAUCUGUACUUAUACAAGUUGUCUGAGUUCGCAUACAAGUAUGGUGGGUCCUAUUUUUACGAAUACCACAAGUCCUUUGCGGCAAAGGCAGCGGCAGGGGUCAGCCAGUUUGCUUACGAGACUGACUGGAGUGUCGUGGACACCGAACUGUAUUGUAAGCACUUCGCUGGGUUGAAGGCACCCACCUGUACGAUCUGCCAAUCCAUCUCCCACACUGCCCCGUGGUGUUCCAGCAUUGGCCAGGAACCAGAACCAAGCACCAGCAGGAGUAUCAUGGCGUCACCUGCUCCUGGUCAUAAGUUCUCGUCUGCAGUAGACAAACUGGGGCGCCCUGUGAGAUUCCUGGGCAGGAGCCAGGUGUGCAAUAACUACAAUUUGUCGAGUUGUAAUUUCAGUAACUGUAGGUUGUUGCACGUCUGCUUACUUUGCUUCCGGGCCCAUCCUAGCUCCAUGUGCUCCCAGAGGUCUCAGCAGUCUUGA